UAUUUUCCACAAAGGCGGCUAUCUUCUUUAUAACACUUAUCAUUUGGGAUACUUUCAUUUUCAUAUUUCUUCAAGUUUCAUUCUAAACUUUUUUCCUUCUAAUAAUGGCUGCAACAACAAGUUCCCGUGCAUCCAUCUACGAUGUGUUCCUCAACUUCAGAGGGGAAGACACACGCUAUGGUUUCACCAGCAAUCUCUACAGGGCUCUUUCUGACAAGGGAAUUCGUACCUUCUUUGACGAAGAGAAGCUUCACAGCGGAGAGGAAAUAACACCUGCACUUUUGAAGGCAAUUAAAGAUUCCAGAAUUGCCAUCACUGUGCUCUCUGAAGACUUUGCUUCUUCCUCAUUUUGCUUAGAUGAACUUACAUCCAUUGUUCACUGCGCCCAGUAUAAUGGGAUGAUGAUUAUACCAGUGUUUUAUAAGGUGUAUCCUUCUGAUGUCAGACACCAGAAGGGUACUUAUGGAGAAGCAUUGGCUAAGCAUAAGAUAAGAUUUCCAGAAAAGUUGCAGAAUUGGGAGAUGGCUCUGCGUCAAGUUGCUGACUUGUCUGGCUUUCAUUUCAAAUACAGAGAUGAAUAUGAGUACAAGUUUAUUGAGAGAAUUGUUGCGUCGGUCUCUGAGAAGAUUAAUCCUGCUAGAGUACAUGUUGCCGAUCUGCCUGUUGAACAAGAGUCCAAAGUGCAAGGAACUCAUCAAGAGCAAGAAUACAGAGAGGCUUUCAAGGUGUUUGACAAGGAUCAAAAUGGCUACAUUUCAGCAAGUGAGUUGAGGCAAGUUCUGAUCAAACUGGGUGAAAACACAACUGCUGGAGAGGUGGAGGAGAUGAUUGCAACUGCAGAUUUGGAUGGUGAUGGUCAAAUUAGCUAUGAGGAAUUUGUUAAGACUAUGAAAAUUUAAACCAACAAAUUAAUAAGUCUUCCAAUUAAUGUUUGUUGUAUUUUACUUUUAUCACAUGCAUUGAUGUGAAUGAUCUCAGCCGCCCAUUUCAUUUGUUCAAACUUCAACCCAUAAUUAUUGUCUCAGUUUUAGUUUAGUAUUCUUCAUGUUUCAAAAUUAAUUGGUGUAAAUUUAUUCAAAAACUGUUGAAAUUAGACUCUAUCUUUCUUGAAA